GUGUUGGGAGUGAUGAGGGAAUCGAUUGUGAAGCAUCAUUUUGGCUAGUGAGUUUUGCCUCUUGUGUUCAUUAACUGCCUCUUCGUUCACGCGAUUGACCUCUGUGAAUGGGGGACGUGUGGCGGGUUUUCCUUACCUCACGGCUAGGCAGUUGGCAGACAACGAGGGUGAGAGGGGUUCGUCCAUUCCUCGGUCUUCUCCGUCUGUUUGCCCGGCUGAGGUGGAAUGGUGGAGAACAUUUUUGGAAUAGAUGGGAAUUUCCGAGUGGUUGUGCAUUGAUUGAUAUCUGUUGGGUUUUCUUGGUUCUUCUAUGAUCCUGAUGAUUUUUUAGCCUUUCUACGUCGUGUACGUCGUGCAUGACGCGUGCGGUGUGUAAGCAUGGACUCCUCAUCGUCUUUGCCCGGUUAAUGGGAAUUCUCGGAAACACAGUGCUUCGGGCUCGUGAGGAAGGGGGAGAAUGUGGGAGAGGAGCGUGGGAGCUAUCGCUAGUUAUAAUCAGCCACACACACACACACACACACACACAGAGAGAGAGAGAGAGAGAGAGAGAGAGAGAGAGAGAGAGAGAGAGAGAGAGAGCUGAGGUUGCGACCUUGAGGGAGGUAGUGGUUUGCAUUGCGUGCUCUGUGGAUGGCAAAGCAGGCGAGAUUGGCGUUCUGGUAAAGCGAGGAACAAUACCACAGCGGGCCGGUCGCGUCUCCUCGCUAAGCGUGUGUUCUGUCUUCGGUGAUGUGAAGGGGAGAGGGAGGCGAACUUCCUUGCGUCAGGUUUUCUUCAGAAGGCCACGUUCGGGAAUGCAGAAUCCCCAGGGCGAGUCGUUAUUACCAUAUCGCCUUUUGUCGUUCUUGUGGUGGAGAUGAAGCACAGAGAGAGAGAUGGGUGAGAACAGGUCCGUUUCACAUUAGGGUUAUGAUAAUUUUCGAUAUAGUCUCGCGACGGUGGCGAUUGACAGUGAUGUUGCUGGGUCUAGGGUUCUCUCUUACGAGCGGUUGGGAAUGGGCGCAGGUUGACUUCAAUCCGAUAUAUGCAAGGGUAUUGUUCUUGGCGGCUGUUCCCAUCUUGUUUGAUCAUUCGCCUUCAGCCUUUUUUACGAGCCGUUGUCUUCAAUGGACCGAGCUCAGUGCGGAUGUCGAGUGCGCGAUGACGCGAAUGUGGGUUGACCGUGUGUGCUUCGGUAGAGGUCCCGUUUUGGUGGUAGCAAGGCAAGGGGGGGAUGGGGGAAUGAUGGUGAAUGAAUGGCGAAAGGGGACAUUGCAUUGCAAGCAGAGGAGUUUAUACUGGUUGUGGUUGGAAGGAUGAUGAGUUGGGCGAGGCCACCAAUGUUCCUAAGGUUCAUCGCUCUCUACGGAAGAAAACACUGAUUAGAUUGGUAGGUAGAUUGAUAGAACACCAGUGAGGGAGAAAAGGCUGCGCUGGGAAGCCGUCGCGGAGGUGGAUACGGUAGUGUGCCGAUUGUGGCGGUUGGGAGGAAGAGGAAUCCUCCUUUUUUUCCAUUAUCGCCAUAUUGAGCGUCUUUGUUUUUGUGUACCCGAAGUUAUGAUUGCAUUGGAGUAAGGAACGAACGGAAGCAGGCGAGAUUCUCCAUUUUUUGGCUAUAUUUUCUUUUCCGCUUGCCCACUCAGUUCACCUCGUAGAUAGCUGAAAACCUUGACUGCCCUCCCCGCGCCCCGCCCUGCCCUAGCACAUCUAUCUAUUCUGUCUUCUUCGUCGAUCGGUCGUGGUCCGUCAUUAUGUUCUGUAUAUCUUUUUGUUUUUGUUCGCCUUGCUGAUUGCUUAAUGCUCUCUGUUUUCCUUCUGUCUCUUCUCUGGCCUCCUCCGUAUGGACUUUUCGCUCCCGUCACUAAUUUUAAGCUUCCUCUCUCUCUCUCGCCGCUUUCUCGCUCAUUUGUGAAUUGUCUGCAGGGGCAUCCCCAGUGAUACCCGUUUACUCACCCUUCCAUUUCCUGUCGUGCCUUCAGAUAUUUCUUAAUCAUCAUCAUCAUCGUCAUCAUCGGUCUUCAGAAAGUCACAUCGCGAGAGGGUAAAAUUGUGAUGAACUGGAAAAACCGAGCCCUGAAGCAGGGCAACCUUUUUGUCCGCGAGCUUUCAAGAAACCUCUUCCAUUAAGCGAGAGAACCAAGGAACGAAUGCUUUGCAUGCAUGUGGGAAGCGAGGAGAUUCCGAAUGGAAUCAGUCGGAUAUUGUCAUCAUCUAGCUUUCCACCGUGAGUGAGAAGCAUGUUUGCACCCGGAAUAACAAGAACUGCCGCCGAGGAGAGAGAACUUGGGUAGUCACUGAGGGUCGGAGUGACAGAUUGCCACCGCACGGGUUUUGAUGAUACGCGGUGGAAGAGGAAAACCGGAAUUGAGGACGUUGACGACAACUGCGAUCAGUGAUGAUGAUGAUUGUGGAUGUAGUCAUGACAGUAGUGAUUUCGAUGAUGAUGAUUCUGAUGGCAAUGAUGCGACUGAGAAGAUCAGGUUGCUGCACGCUUUGUCUUCGUCCAACGAAGGCGGUAGACAUCGUAGGCAGUCCUCACGUUCUUCCCCCCGCGUCCUCCCCCCCGCCCCCCCGCGCCCCCCUCUCUCGUGGUAGCUGCAGCUCGAUGGUCUGAGAAUGAUGGUGUGGAAGAUGAUGUGGGUGGUUCUACGGUUUUUUGCCCCUUCCGCACAUUGUAUGCUGCUUGAAAGCUGAAGUGGAUGAAGGAUGAUGAACCUUUUAGUGUCCUGAGUUGUCCUGGUUUCGCAUGUCAGAUGUUCGAAGUUUUUCCAUAUAUUGUGAAUUCUAGCGCUUUCGUUUGGAACGGCAAUUGACUACUUCGGGAUUUGAACCCGGGCUAAUCCGCCGUUCUUCCGGGGUGGUGGAUGAUAUCCCAUGUGAUUGAUUUAUCCUAUCCCCCUCCGUCGUUAUUAGUUCGCUUAGUUGAUAUU